GGGAUGCGGCGCGGCGCCGGCGGGAACGGCAGCGAGGGCGAGCCCGAGUGGCCGUGGCCGUGGCCGCCCUGCGACGAGCGGCUGUGCCCGGCGCUCCCCAUGUGGGUGCUCGUUCCCAUCACGGCCGUCUGCUUGGGGCUCUUCGUGGUCGGCGUGGCGGGCAAUGUCCUCACUGUGCUGGUCGUUAGCAGCUGCCGAGACAUGAAGACCACCACCAACCUCUACCUGGGCAGCAUGGCCGUCUCGGACCUGCUCAUCCUCAUGGGGCUGCCCUUCGACCUCUACCGCCUCUGGCGCUCCCGACCCUGGAUCUUCGGGCAGCUGCUGUGCCGCCUCUCGCACUACCUCAGCGAGGGCUGCACCUACUGCACCAUCCUCCACAUCACCGCCCUCACCGUGGAGCGCUACCUCGCCAUCUGCUUCCCCCUCAAAGCCAAGGUGGUCGUCACCAAGCGCCGGGUGAAAGCCACCAUCGGCGUCCUUUGGGCCUUUGCCUUGCUCUCCGCUAGCCCCUUCUUCUUCCUGGUCGGCGUGGAGCAGCCCGACAACUACACUGCCUUCAGCCGCGAGUGCAAGCCCACCCCGCAGGCGCUGCAGUCCGGCCUGCUGGCCACCAUGUUCUGGGUCACCACCUGCUACUUCGUGCUGCCCGUCACCUGCCUCGCCGUCCUCUACGCCUGCAUCGGCCGCGAGCUGUGGCGGAGCAGCACCCGCCUGCGGGGCCCCAGCUCGCUCCUCCGGGACAAGGGGCACCGCCAGACAAUCAGGAUCCUGGCUGUGGUGGUUCUGGCCUUUGUAAUUUGCUGGUUGCCUUUCCACAUUGGCAGGAUCAUAUUUAUAAACACCCGGGACAUGAGGACGAUGCUGUUCUCCCAGUACUUUAAUAUAUUCGCCUUGCAGCUUUUCUACCUGAGCGCAUCCAUCAACCCUGUCCUCUACAACCUCGUUUCGAAGAAGUACAGGGCAGCAGCCUGCAAGCUGCUGCUGCCAUGCCGAGCUGCAGAAAGGGCUUUCACGGUAGCCAAAGACGCUGGGGGCUACACAGAGACCAGCGCCAGCACAAGGAACGAGUACACCACCAGCUUCUGAGACUGCACCCACACUUCUUCAGGCCUUCUUGCCUAAGGAAGGGAACCUCCUUCUCAGGGCAGAGUCGCAAAAGGAUGGACAUUUGUUAGGGCAUGUGGUGUUUCAUAACUGUCUGCAUUUUGGGAUACCUGUAUUUUUGAUACCAGAGCAAGCAGGCACCAUGAAGUAGGGAGAAUGAUGUGCAACUCGUGAAAGAUGAUAAGUCAAUAGGAGAAGCUGGAGUAAAUUUCCAGUAAAACCA